UGAUUUUAAGAUGUAUGGUGAAUGAAUAAUAUAUGUCGCAAUGUAUUUUUUCAAUACCAUCUGCGAUCAGACCCUCCAGUCAGGACAAGUACUAUUUUAUUUUAGACAACAACAAUAAUAACAUUUAUUAAUAAUGUGAAGCCUUUUACUGGGUACCCCGACUGGCCUGUAACUAAUUUUAUAUAAAUAAAUAAAUGUGAUUGAUCGUAAUUUUGCAUCGUGUGAAUGCAGCGUAUUAUGCAGAAAUAAAUUAUCAGGUAAAGAAAAAAUGUUGACAGAUAAAUGUCACGCGAUCAAAAUAGAAUAUAGUCUGCCGCUCACGAAACUGAUUAGCAACACGCUACCAAAUAACGGUGAACAAAUGUAUUGUGGCGUGUGAGCGAGAAUAGAGGGCUUAUUAUGUGCACGCGCAGAUUACUGUAUGCAGCCGCGUUUCUGACGGCGCUGCUGACUGCUGCGCACGAACUCGACGUCGAUGACGACGACGACAGUGAUUCUGCUGCUUUUAUGAUAAUAUUGGAACACGUGAACGGAUGGCAGUGCGCCGCGUCGCUCGUGUCGACCCGAACGUGCGUGACGACAGCACGUUGUGCGCGAGGCAGAGGCGAAGAGGAAGCGCCGCGCGAGCUGUGGGCGCUGGCGGCGGCGCUGCUGAGUGCGCGACCGCCGGCGCCGCCUGUGUCCUCGGCGCGCCGCGUGACGCGAGUGGCUCUCGCCGGAAAUGGCCGAGACCUAGCAGACCCAGCGCUCGACAUUGCCGCUGUUGAACUGGAAGCGCCCUUCGGAAAGGAGGCUCAGGCGCAGCCUAUAUUAAUGUCGACAACUCGCAAUGGGGGCGAGAGCGCCAUGGUGUGUUACGCUAUACGCGCGCUCUCCGCGCCCUCUCCUCCGUCAGCAACGACUAGCGGAGGUGCUAAGCGAGCGCGAUUUCGCGUCGUCAACGUAGCGCUCGCGUCGGAAAGACAUUGCGCGGGGCUGGUGCCUCAUUGGAGCGCUACGCGUUCGCGCUUGUUAUGUUUCACCGGAGAUCAUCUCUGCGAGCGCGAUAUGGGCGGCGGCGUCGUGUGUGAUGGAAAACUCCGUGCCGUGUUGAGUGUGAUGGCGAACGACGAAAUUGUUGCGCAUUGUGAGAAAACGUACGCAGCGCAGAACAUAGCUCAAUGGCGCUUUUUUCUUCAUUGUGCUCACACACUUCGCACCUGUGGACGAGGAAUGUGCUCGGACAAGUGUACGGAGCAUCUUCUGGGCGAAACAGAUGACACGAAGGAUAUGACUCUCGUAGAUAUGACACUCCUUUCCGAACAUUUAUCGAGUACAACUCUAUCGCGAGCUUCUGACACUAACCCCCUACUCGAAGUUGCGAAUGAGCCCGUCUCUCAGUCGAUAGAAUAUGAGCCAAACCGUGCCGAUUUUAAGGCGGCUCCGUCCCGAACUUCACGUCCAGGCUUGAAGGCAGGCGAGUACGGCGACAACGCGGCGGAGUACGGCGCAGAAGAGGCGCCGCCCGCUCGCACCAGCCCCGCCGGCGCCGACGCACCCACGCGCACCCCCGCCGCCACUGCCAUGAUCCGCGCGCCCGCGCCGACCGCGUUCUCUGCGCCGCCUGCAUCGCCCGCACCCCUCGCGCCUGCCUUGCGCGUCCCGGUUAUAUCAGAAUCUACCGCCUCGGCUUCUAGCAAUUUUAAUGCCACGUCAAUAGUUCAAUCGACUUUGAAACAUUGA